AUGACGGAGCAUGAUGCCGGCCAUCAGGACACACACUCCCGUCAAGCACAGCUCCAAGGCUUGCUCAAUUCACAUAGUACUCCUCACAACAAUAGCGAUGCGCCCGGGUUAGGAAUCACCGACACAAGCCAUACCAAACAUCCGGCGGCCAACAACCACGUCCGUAUUCGUCAUCCUCCAGCCGCCGAAGCGAGCUCGACCGCCACCUCGGCGCCGAGCACAUCUUCUACGACGACCACAAACGAUAACUCCAUGCUCACAUACCAAACUUCGCGAAAUCCCUCAGCAGGUCAGGCGUCACCAGUGCUGGAGCGCCAACAACAUAAUGCAACCACCACCUCCGCCGCGAAGGCCAAUACUCGGGGUAGUGGGGUCUCUCGCUCGCGCACGCACAAGAACCGAUCGAGCAGCGCAUUUCUUCUGUCAGGGCCUUUAUUCGAUGGCACCCCUUCAGAGCCCGCUGCGCGCGACGGCAGCCUGUGGCAGAGGCAAGGGUUGUCGCCUGCCGCUCACACGCUCUCGAGGCCCAUGAGCAAUCUCGCCACAAGCUCUGCGGUGGAUAAAGUAUCCGAGCAGUCACAAACUUCCAGUGUGCAGCCGUCGGUUAGGGUUCCCACAUCGAAGCAGUCGCUCCUCAAGUCAGAGGAUACCCUGCGCCAGAGGCCAACCGCAGCCUCACAAAGACUAGAUACUACUACUAUGUCGAGGGCUCCAGGCUCGUCCUCUUCCACGGGAAUAGCAACACAAGGCGAAGCCGUAAACUAUGAAGACCAGGCCAACAAUUACAUCGAGGCCGGCUUGGCUGGCUUGCCACCAGGUACAGCGUCAUCCAAGUCAUCUUCCUCCUCUGCUAGACGUAGCCUUGAUCUAGACUCUACCCACAUUGUCAAUAUGGCUUUAAGCCUCAGCGAAUCGCGGCGUUUAGCCGCAAGAAGAAACAGCUCACAGCCGAUACCUCCAAGCUUGGCACCGAUGCCGGAUAGCUCGUUGUCGGGCGGCCUGCGACAACAUCUCCAGCAGCAGAGGCGAUCCUCACGCAACAUGUCUCCGAGAGCCAGCAGACUUGUAUCUUCCGCCUCAGCUGGUCCCGCUGGUCAACAAAACAGGGUCACCAGCCCGCUGCAUGCCUCUUUCGAUUUGGGCGGAGAUGCCAGCGGCUUUCGCUACCAUUUCUCACCGUCAACACUUGCUCGUGUACAAAAGGCCAAGGAUCACUUGGAGCUGCUAGCGCAAUACAGGCGCGUCCUUGAUUUGGUGCCACCUCUGAAGCCGACUGAUCCUCCGGGUACCUCUUCGAAUUCGGGCUCUGGAGCUCCAGCAUACAUGGAAAACGAGUUUAUGGUGAGACUCGGCCGCGAAUACAACCCACUGCAGUACAUACGGAAUCGGAAAGUCAGGGCACGUGAGCGGAAGGCCAUUGACGGAGAUGCCCAGGGCUUCGGCGAUGUCAAGAACGUCACCGAAUGGGUGGGGCAUAUUUCAAGCCUCGCAGCGACGAGAGGAAGCGGAAACGCUGUUUUGCCCACGUUCGAGCCGGCCGAGAAGGUUAUUUCCCAAGACCAUGUAAAUACAUCUGCCACAGGCGCCACAACCAACGGAGCUAUGGCUUCUUCAAAGCCUAAAAGGCCGAGGGUAGACUGGUUCACCAAUCCAGCAGACUUGCUCGCGGAUAUUUACUGGCUCGAGCAAGGCGACAACAAGAAGUAUGUGGAAGAUAGAAACUACAAGCGGGUCUUCCCGCAGGCCCAUGGACGUCAUAGAGCAUGGUCUUAUUGGAAAGACAAUAGCCUCUCAUCUCCGACGCCUGGUGGUGCGAUUUAUGCUGCUAUUGCUGCGGCAUCCGCAACAGCUUCAUCCGCGGCAGCCCCUGCUCCUACUACUACUAUGAAAGAUACUAUUGAACAGGGGCGUUCAUCUACUUCUUCAGACCAUCGGAAAUCAUCGGAAGAAGUGUCAAGAUAUAGACAGCACAUACCGAGUGGUGCAAGAGAAAAGCUACAGAAACUUAGGGGACUUCACCACCGCCAUAGCACUUCUGUCCAUGCCAGUGCACAUGAGCUUCUGAGGUUUCGCAGAGGUUCAGUGUCGGACGAGUCUGAAUCUGAAGCUGGGUCUCGGAAAAAGCGCAUGGUGCGCAGCCAGACCAUCACCGCCAGUCACAGAGACGCACUCGAGAAACAUAUGCUAGAAAUGAUUGCGCAGGAGAAUAGGAAGUCCCUUGAGCAGCAAGUGACUGCUUCCAACUCAAGCGGCGCGAAUGUAAAACCGUCUAUGCCAGUCUCAAGCCCUACCGCUCUCAGCACACCUGAAAGGGUCAAGACGAAUUCUGCGGGAACAAGUCGCCCGCAAAGCCGCUUCAACUCAAAAGACAACUUAAUCAAAGACUUACAAAGUGCUUCAGAAAGCAGUCAGCGUGGCAGAACUUCUCAUAGGUUCCAGCCUCAACUUCCAAGUGGGCCUACGUCUCCAGCCAGUCCAGGUCAAGGCCGUGACAGCUUGGAUGUGCCCAGUUUCUGGGCUCCUCGACAACGACGUCCCUCUAUAGACUAUGAUUCCUCGCGGCCUACAUCACCAGACAUGCGAGGCGUGCGAGGAACCGAAGGUGCCAGUGGGUUUGUGCUCCCACCAAUUGGCAAGGAUCUCUCUCCUAAUCACAGUAGGUCUGGCUCACCGAGUCGAAACCCUUUCAGUCGUGUCAAACAGAAGCUUCAGCGUGAGAGAAGCCGCAGCAGAGUACGUGGCGCUCCGGAUGCCGCCACUCCUGGUGCUACUCUAGAUGACCUGCCACUUGGAUCAGUAUCGCCUGGACUGAUCGAAUCUCCUCCUCGAAUCUUGGUACCUCCCGAAAAGCUUAAACCAUCGCCAUCGCCAAAGGAGACAUACGGCUUGCCCCCACGUAAGGUUACAUCUAGAACCGAUACUAGCAACACCAAAUCCCAGAAGAGCCAUAUGGGCGAGAUUAAACGGGAGGACUCUGGACUCCGGGGCUUUUUCAGUAAGGGGCCACCUCGCAUCGAUAGUGUUCUGCGUUCUGGUGUCUCCAAAGUCGGUGAUCUUCUAUGGAGGAAAGAAUCUUCCAUGGAGGAGACGUCUCUGUCGCCUCGCAAGUCAGAGCUGGAAAAGACUGGAGCAGACGUUGCCAGCUCCGAUUCCGAGGCCUCGGAUACAGAUGUUACCAGUGAUCGGAAAAGGGGUCAUCGUCGCGACGAAUCGCGAAACAGUACAAUCGAACUUGGCAGUCCGAAAGCUUUGCACCGACAGACGACAUCCGAUCAAGAAAACAAGCACCUGUGGCCAGAUGCACUUGACAGAACUGAACUGCACAGCCCAGGGGGUGUGAUGUUAUCACCCGAUCUCGGGUCUCCUCUAUCGCAUCCAAUUAGCCGGCGGUCUUCUCGAUUCGAACUACUCAAACCUCCCAAGCUUGAUGUACAAGCUGCCACACCCACUUCGCCAAGCGUAUCGCCUGUUUUCCCCAUCCAAGAGUUAGGGAAACAGACUAAGACCAAGGAUGACCUCCACGCACCGGAAGGCGGGAGCGACAACUCUGCCGCAAAGUGGCCUCCUCGGGAAACUCUUCUCACCAAGAGACAAGGCAUAGACCAACGCGAAGUUUUAAGACAACGUGUGCGUGUAUUACGCACUGGUAUAAUGGCAUCGGAGAUUUCUUCUCGCAGUCUCAAGGACAAGAAAGACUCGAUACCUUCGGAUGGACACGCUGGUACGGGCCUGAUGUUGCAGCAACAUUACCCGUACCCGCUUUCCAGUCUAGCGGCCAAGCACAGAGAUGAAGCCCUCGCCGCGGCCGAUGCCAUGCGGCAGCUGGCGCAGCAGUGGCACCAACAAUCGGAGGUAUUCGCGACGCGCACAACACCUUCGCUCAUGUCCCGAAUCGACGCCCUCCGUUACCAGGUCGCAGUCGACCUGUCGAGUCUUGUCAGGACGGGAGCGGACGAGGCGGAUCAUAUGGGUCGCGAUCUAGGUGACGGGCAGCGGCUGCAGGUCAAGCGGGCAGUAGACAUCAUCGAGAAGCUGCUGCGGCGAAGGCGACGGCGGUUCCGAUGGGUUAGGCGCGCGGGCUGGCUGGCCGUCGAGUGGUGGCUCGUCGGAUUCAUGUGGUUCGUCUGGGCGGUUGUUGUCAUCGCGAGGGUCUUUCUCGGUGUGGGCAGGGGGGUCAUUGGCGUUGGACGGUGGCUCCUCUGGCUAUGA